CUGUAAUGUACUGUUAGCAAAAAAAAAAAAAAAAAAAAAGUGCGCCUCUUGCGUGCUGUAUGACGUCAGCAGCUAGUAGAAAGAGUCAGCGCAUCAGUCGCUGCCCGGUCUGCCAGGCUGCCGCUGACCUCUGUGCAUCCCGGGACCACCUGUUACCCCCACGGCCAGCUUUUUUGACGGAAUUAACACCAUGGGGAGACUAGACGACUUCCGCCAGUUUCAUUUACUCAACUGGCUAAGAGAGGAAAGGCAGUCGAGGAAACUUAUUCUCUUCAUUGUUUUUGUGGCUCUCUUGUUGGAUAACAUGCUGCUCACCGUGGUCGUGCCCAUCAUCCCCAGCUACCUGUACAACCUGGAUGAAUCAACAGAUGGGGCAUUGAACAACACCUCAUCGCAACCACAGACUCCUUCAGGCGCCUUCGAUAGAAUUGUGUCUUUAUACGACAACACAGUGAGGUUGUCGGGGUCCAACGCCACAGUCGGCCCGACAGACACGGUCGUGCCCACAACCGCCGCUUGGCUGGCGCAGAACUCCUCCGACUGCCCCCGCUCCACUAGCAAGCUGAUCAACGAGAAUGUCAAAGUGGGGAUGUUAUUUGCAUCCAAGGCAACUGUGCAGCUGCUGACCAAUCCUUUCAUAGGGCCACUCACCAACAGGAUUGGAUACCAGCUCCCCAUAUUCAUUGGCUUCUGUAUAAUGUUCAUCUCCACAAUUAUGUUCGCCUUCUCAUCGAGCUACGCUCUGCUGUUUCUGGCCAGAUCACUUCAAGGUGUAGGCUCCUCCUGCUCAUCUGUUGCUGGGAUGGGAAUGCUUGCAAGUGUGUACACAGAUGAUGAGGAGAGAGGACAUGCGAUCGGAAUUGCCCUUGGGGGUCUGGCAAUGGGGGUUUUAGUUGGACCCCCGUUUGGCAGUGUGAUGUAUGAGUUUGUUGGAAAGACUGCGCCAUUCCUCGUUCUGGCUUUUCUGGCUCUUUUUGAUGGAGCUUUACAGCUUUUUAUUCUUCAGCCCACCAAAGUCGAGCCAGAGAGUCAGAAGGGGACGCCAUUGUUGACCCUCAUGAGAGAUCCAUACAUUGUAAUUGCAGCUGGUGCCAUUUGCUUCGGGAAUAUGGCCAUUGCCAUGCUGGAGCCAACACUACCAAUCUGGAUGAUGGAGACCAUGUGUGCCAGGAAAUGGCAGCUAGGAGUCGCUUUCUUACCAGCAUCCAUCUCCUACCUUAUUGGAACCUACAUCUUCGGAACGCUGGCUCACAAGAUGGGAAGAUGGCUUUGUGCCCUUAUCGGGAUGGUGGUUGUCGGAAUCUGUGUAAUAGGGGUUCCAUUUGCAAGGAAUAUAUAUGGUCUAAUUCUCCCAAACUUUGGUGUUGGCUUUGCCAUUGGCAUGGUGGACUCUUCUAUGAUGCCUAUAAUGGGAUACUUGGUGGACUUGCGGCACGUGUCAGUUUAUGGAAGUGUGUAUGCCAUUGCUGAUGUGGCUUUCUGCAUGGGAUUUGCUCUAGGUCCAUCAAUCGGAGGAUCCAUAGCUGAAAGUAUAGGCUUUCCAUGGUUGAUGACCAUUAUUGGAAUAGUAGACAUUUUAUUUGCUCCCCUUUGCCUUUUCCUGAGGAACCCACCUGGACAAGAAGAAAAAAUUGCUAUUUUGAUGGACACCAACUGCUCGAUGAAGACGAGAUCCUACUCCACGCAGGGAAAUUACUACCAAGGUGAAAACAUGGAUCCAGAUUAUGAUGAUUAUGACUAAGAGGAAAUCCACCAUGCAGGGUAACUUGAGCAAGGAUUCAGAGUAUCUAUUUUGUUGUAUAAAAAACAAGAACCAUGAAAAAAACACCAACAAAACAAAGCAGCCAAGAUGUUUCCAUGUGAAUAUCUUGCAGUCUGUCUUCUAUGUUUCUCUUAUUAGCGCUUGUACCAAGAAAAACCAAAGUUGAUCUUGAUCUAUGUUUGCAAGUGCACCAUGUAAGCGCCAACAGCCUUAUUUGUUAUAGACAGCUUUUUUAAAAGCACUUGUAGAGAGUAGAACGGUGCUGGAGAAAAUGUUCAGUCAUUUCAAAUUGUCACUGAAUUCAUGUCCGUUUGGUGUCAUAAAUCACCUUUUUGUCCCAUGUUUCCAAUAUACCCAACUUGUACGUGAUUUUUUUUACCCUCUUGGCCGAAAUUGCUAAAAGUUGUGGAUGAUGGUGUCAGUGACAGUAACUGUAUAUGACCUAUUAAUUGAGUGGGAGAACAGUAAAACUAUUUAUUGGAAGGUCAAACUCAACAUGUGCUGAAUUUGUUACUGUUUUAAAUGAAAAUUAUGUGAGCAAGUUAGAAUUUGCAAAUAAAAGGGAAAACAGUAUUUGUAGUGUCCUAAUGUAGGUCACCCACUUAUUUAUGCCAUAAAAAAUACAGGAGGAAAAGAUGGUAAUUGUGAAAAGAAAUGUACAUAAUUGCAUUGUAAAAAUUAUUUGUUGCUCUAUUGCUUUAAAAUAUCAAAACAAAGAUUUAACAGUACAAUUGGUAUUAACAUAAUAAAGGAUUAGCAGGACAAACUGGUGUUUUUAAUGCUACUUUUCAUAAAUGUUUAGGUAUUUUCUCUUAUAAGCAUAUAUUUCAUCCACACAGGCCCGACCGACCCUAGGCGACUUGUAGCUAGGAGCCCCCCCAAAAAUAUAUAGUUAUACUAGUAUGUAUUUUAAAUUUUAUAUUUUGCCACUGUAGAAGCUAUUGUUUCUAAAUAUAAAUGAAUAGCAUAUUAUCCUUAUA